AUACGAGAUACCAAGAAGUUGACGAUCUAGGAAAAACAAACUCGGGCAUUGGAUCAGGCACUGUUGGAUUUUUUCGAAGCUCCGGACAAUCAGUCUGUAAAUGAAAUCAAUAACUUCUUUAUGUCUGGUCCGGUACAGUCAAUGUACUCGUCAUGCAGAUCUUGGUAGCAGGAAAGGAAAUAUUCAAAUAUGACCAUGAAGUUGCUGUGAUGCAAAGCUGAUGACCAAUCGCAACGUACAUUCGCACAAACGCAGCCUGUCGUCUGCUGCACUCGUGGCAUUUAAAGAUGGUCUACUAGUCCUAAUUUCGUGACCUUCACGCCGUUCUUCCUUCAAAUAGAGGUCAAAUUUGAAAUAAACAUUGUUGGUCUUUUCGAUACAGGUGUUAAAGGGUGAAUUCUAUGUUGCUAUAUUAAAAGAAAUAUCAAAAAUAUCGGUAUAAGGUAAAAAGUCCUUGAAAACCCACUGUGCAUACAUAUUAAAAUUACAUUUUGGUAAUGCGUAACAGUUUAUCUUGUGUCCCCCUGCAAUGGAAAUAAUGGUUGCAAUAAAGAAGAGUGUUUGGAAGUCAACAAGAACUAUUUACACGAAAUUGAAGAAAUUAUUUUCAAGGGUUUACAAAUGCCGCUACUUAAACUUCCUCUGGUCCUCUGCAAUAAUUGGCAAUAUGGCAAACAGUAAUUCUUCAACUGUUGAGCCUCAAAGUGCAGAUCAAGUGAGAGUCCUUACUUUAAAUAAUGGAGAGCAUCAAGAUGGAACAUUAUAUCGGGUUAAGAAGGGUUUUCAGAUUCAGUUCAGACUUGGACCCUCUUUGCUUGGAAGAACCGUUGAUAUUUUUACAAAUCAUCCACCAAAUGGGCAAACGUUUGAAAGACAUACUUAUUACCAACUUCAAUGGACUAAUGAAUCGGCCAAUUUACAGCUAGCGGCUGCCGGAUCCUUUCAUUAUUACAUAACUGAUACCGGUAUAGAGAAUAACACCAAAUCCAUCGCUUCUGGAUACCUGUUGGUGGAUCCCCAAUUGAGUGUAGGUACAAACGGUGAAAUUAUUCCACUCGAUUGUAUCCAAUGUCAAACUGUCUUAGCAAAAAGUUUGGGACCUUUUUCUACCUGGGAAAAUAAAUUGCUCGUUGCUCGCAAUUCUGGGUAUAAUAUGAUACAUUUUACGCCAAUACAAGAACUUGGCGCUUCUAAAUCAUCCUAUAGUCUCAGCGAUCAAUUAAAAUUAAAUCCUUCGUUCAGUGAUGACGACAAAGAAACCACCUUUGAUGACGUUGAAGAAUUCGUAACUAAAAUGCACAAUGAAUGGAAUAUGUUAAGUAUUUGUGAUAUUGUUCUGAAUCAUACAGCGAAUGAGAGUCCUUUCUUAAUUGCACACCCAGAAUGUACUUACAACUCUAUGAACAGUCCUCAUCUACGCCCUGCUUAUAUUUUGGAUGCAGCUUUAUUUGAAUUAACUGUACAAGUAGCCGCUGGUGAAUGGGAAUUCAAGGGAAUCCCUACAGUGGUAGAGACUGAAGAGCAUUUAAAUUCGAUUCGUCAUGCUCUACACAGUCACUUCUUGCCGCUGAUUAAACUUCAUGAACUCUACGUCACAGAUAUUAAUGAAAUUAUAGCAGAAUUUUUAAACCUUGCACGUAAUCAAAUGCCUCAAGAUGUUAGUACAAAGACUUCAGAGGAAACUAUUGUCGUGAUAGGAGAUCCGCAAUUUCGCCGCCUAAGAGCCACUAUUGAUAUGCAAUUGGCCUUACAAAUUUAUAAUGUCUACAGAGCCGAUUGUUUCGACGAAGAGACACGCUUGAAGCGUUGUGCUGAGGAUUUGAGAAUAAAACUUCAUGAAUUAAAUACUGAGAUUAUUAACGAAGUCCAAAAUAAUCUUAAUGCUGCCGUCGAAAAUUCUAUUGCUGGAAUUCGUUACUUCAGAGUUCAGCCUGAUGGUCCCAGACAAAAGGAAGUGAGCGAAAGAAAUCCUCUUUUACCCAGAUAUUUUACGGAUUACGGAGCUCCCAGAUCUUUAGCAGAAAGAGAAGCUAUUAUGUAUUCGGAAAUGGGCUGUUAUCUUAUGGCACAUAACGGCUGGGUAAUGAACAGUGAUCCCUUGAAAAAUUUUGCAGAUCCAGAUUCCAAUGUCUAUGUACGAAGAGAACUUAUCGCCUGGGGAGACAGUGUAAAAUUAAGAUUUGGAGAUAAACCAGAAGAUUCUCCAUUCCUAUGGCAGCAUAUGACCGCGUAUGUGGAACAAAUGGCUAAGAUAUUUGACGGCAUACGAUUAGACAAUUGCCAUUCGACUCCAAUUCCAAUUGCUGAGUAUAUGUUGGAUGCAGCACGCCGAGUACGACCUGACUUGUACGUCGUAGCAGAAUUGUUCACCAAUUCGGAUCAAAAGGAUAACAUUUUUGUUAAUCGUCUUGGAAUUACAUCCCUUAUACGUGAGGCCAUGUCAGCAUGGGAUAGCCACGAAGAAGGACGUUUGGUUUAUCGUUAUGGUGGAGAACCUGUUGGAGCUUUUAUUCAGGCUUCUCAGCGACCAUUAGUGCCGAGCAUAGCUCACGCACUUUUCCUUGAUUUAACUCAUGAUAAUCCUAGUCCAGUGGAAAAGCGCAGCUCAUUUGAUUUACUUCCAAGUGCAGCUUUAGUAUCUAUGGCAUGCUGUGCCAGUGGGAGCAAUCGUGGAUAUGAUGAACUUGUGCCUCAUCAUAUUCAUGUCGUGGAUGAAACUAGAGAAUAUACUUCUUGGACUGAUGAUGAAGAUCUUGCAAAAAAUGAUGUUAAUUAUGUCAGUUCUAAUAGUGGUAUAAUUGCAGCUAAAAAAGCAUUGAAUGAAUUGCAUUAUAAUCUUGGUCGACAAAAGUUUUCUCAGGUAUUUGUGGAUCAAAUGGAUCCGGAUAUUGUAGCAGUGACAAGACAUUCACCAACUACUCAUGAAAGUGUUAUUUUGGUGGCAUUUACUGCAUUCAAACAUCCUGAUCCGAAUGCCAAUGACUUGAGGAGAUAUGUAAAGCCUUUACGAGUCGAAGGAGUUGUCGAAGAAAUUAUUUUGGAAGCAUCGCUUUCUCAUGAGGGCGUUAAAAACGGUACAUCACCUUUCCACCUUCCUGAAAAGUAUGCCCAAGAUGACAACGUUAUCAAUGGCAUGUCCGAAUAUAUUUUAAGUCUUAAAGAACACAUUCAACUUUGCGACUCCACUAUUUUCGAAAAAGUUGAUUCGGGAGAUCCGAAAAUUACGCAACUCAAUUUCACGAACUUCCAACCAGGAUCUAUAGUAGCCAUUCGCGUCUCUGUCCACGUCAAUAUAAAACCAGCUCUUGCAAAAUUACACGGUACCAUAGCAACCAUUACAUCUUCAAAGAGCUCAGAGUUACGUGUUAUCAUUUCUCGUAUGGAAUUAGCGGAUUUGAACAAAGCUCUUUAUCGUUGCGACCAGGAAGAACGUGAUGAAACUUCUAAUCGCGUUGGCGUUUACAACAUUCCUGGAUAUGGCCCCCUCGUUUACGCGGGACUUCAGGGCGUGAUAUCUUUGCUGGCGGACAUUCGGCCAAAUAAUGAUUUGGGUCACCCAUUAUGUGUCAAUCUUCGCCAGGGAAAUUGGUUGAUAGAUUAUGUCUGGCAGCGUUUGAAAUCCGAUGAAGGUACGGCAGCCUUGGGAGAAUGGAUCGAGCAAAAUGCAGAACCAUUUAAAAUUCUUCCUCGUUAUUUGGUCCCAAGUUAUUUCGAUGUAAUAAUUGUAAACGUUUAUAUCGCUUUACUGGAACAAUGUUACAGUCUGAUGUCAAACUUUGUGAAAGAUGGAUCCACAUUCGUCAAGUUAUUAGCCUUAGUAAGUGUCCAAACGGGAAGCAUAGUACAUUCUUCUCAACUGCCAGAUUUAUCACCAAAUUUGGAUCCGCCUAAGCCAAAAAUUAAAGAAAUCGAUGGAAAAAAGAUCCAGGAAUGUCUUACGCUUUCCGCGGGUCUGCCUCACUUCGCAACUGGAUAUAUGAGAAAUUGGGGAAGAGACACUUUCAUUGCCCUUAGGGGACUCUUCCUCUUGACUGGGAGGUAUGAGGAAGCCAGAUUCAUUAUUCUUGGCUAUGCUGGAACUUUGAGACACGGCCUAAUCCCAAAUCUCUUAGAUAAGGGAAAGUGUGCACGAUACAAUUGCCGUGAUGCAAUUUGGUGGUGGUUAUACACCAUUCAAAAUUAUAUCCAGGAAAUUCCAGAGGGUAUAAAAAUCUUAUCCGAUAAAGUUUCCCGACUUUAUCCGACUGAUGAUUCUCCUCCACUGCCAGCUGGACAAGUGGAUCAGCCAUUACAUGAUGUUAUACAAGAAGCACUGACAGUGCAUUUUCAAGGUCUAUGCUUCAGAGAAAGAAAUGCUGGAAAGCAAAUCGAUGAACACAUGACGGAUCGUGGUUUUAAUAAUCAAAUCGGUGUGCAUCCUGAAACCGGUUUUGUUUUUGGUGGAAAUGACGCCAACUGUGGAACCUGGAUGGACAAAAUGGGUUCAUCUGAGAAAGCGGGAAAUAAAGGAAAGCCGGCAACGCCUAGGGACGGUUCUGCAGUGGAAAUUGUAGGACUGAGCAAGAGUGUCCUUAGUUUCUUGGCAGAAUUAUAUAAGCAAAAUCUGUUUCCCUAUGGCAGUGUCCAAAGAAAAAAUCGAGAUGGAACGGAGGUCAUUUGGAGUUAUAAACAAUGGGCAGACAAAAUAGCUGCAAACUUCGAAAAGUAUUUUUACGUUAAUGAAAAACCAACAGACGGAGAACUGACACCAGAACUUAUUCAUCGUCGUGGUAUUAUUAAAGACAGUCAUGGAGCAACCCAACCUUGGGCUGAUUAUCAACUGCGUCCUAAUUUCCCAGUCGCUAUGAUAGCCGCACCGGAAUUAUUUAAUCCACAACAUGCAUGGACUGCUUUGAAAAAUGCAGAGGAAAUAUUGUUGGGCCCACUUGGUAUGAAAACUUUGGAUCCGGCUGAUUGGGCUUACAAUGGGUAUUAUGAUAAUUCUAAUGACAGCAAUGAUACGAAAUUGGCACACGGCUGGAAUUAUCAUCAAGGGCCAGAAUGGUUAUGGCCAAUCGGAUACUUCUUGAGGGCUCGCCUACAUUUUUCACGUUUGGUCGGAGGUGUCGAGGAGUUGCGUCGUACAAUUGAAUCCACUGAACAGAUUAUUUCACGGCACUUAAUUGAGGCAUCAACAAAUCAUUGGCGAGGUUUACCAGAACUCACCAACAAGGACGGUGAAUACUGCCGCGACAGUUGUCGUACCCAAGCAUGGAGUGCAUCCGCUAUAUUCGAGGUCCUUUACGAAUUGGACAAACUGAAACGGGAAUUGCAGACCGAAAAUGAAAAGCCAGUGAACUGAUAUAAUUUUGCGUGUGUUCACCACCGCUAUUUACACUUAGAAUAUUUGAGAUUAGAAAGGGAACGUACCAUUAGACAUAAAGCCAGUCGAGAGAGCCUAUGUACUGAUGAAGAUGCACCCGCUACACAAUGCAUGGAGACACACGCAUACGUUACUCCACAUGUAGAUUUAAAUGAUGCACCAACACGUAACACGAUAAACGUAGAUGUCAUUUCUGCAUAUGAAAACACCCCUAUAUCACCUUCAUGCAACCAACUGGUAACAGAAUACCGAGAUGAACAACGAAUAACAAAUCGAAUUACAUUUUCUGACAAUUCCAAUGAUUUAGAGACCAUUCGGCCCAUAUCAAACGUAACAGAUUUUUCUGCAAUAACAAAUGCUCAUAUACAUAGAGCGGCACAGUUUAUAUAUGGCAGCGAUGUUAGUGCAAAUUAUUCCAACAGACAAACCGAUAGAGUUAAAGGUAAAUUUGAUAGUAAAGAUAUGAUAAGUGCCGAUGGAAAAAGUAGCAUGGAGGCAUUAUUGACAAAAGCUUAUCAGUAUCCUGAUUUUGAAAUUCAUGUGCACUCUGAUAUUAAUAACUCACAUUCAUUUGAUCAUCUUUAUGAGGAAAUAGGUGUAGACAAAGAUUCACGAAAUGCUAAGUACGAUAUUCUAGACUACUAUGAAAAGUAUAGUCCAACUACAGCCAAGACCUUAAUAGAUACGUUAUUUCUUCCAAGACAUCGAAUUUGCAAAGAGUGCGCCAUAUUGCAGAUUAGCCCGGUGUACAGUGACCGUUUGAUAUAUUUCAAGAAACCACUGUAUGCUAAAGAAGCAAUUCUAAUUCAGUAUGAAGAUUCGUUAUACUUCAAAUAUAAUAUACAGUCGAAUAGUUUAAAAAACAGGGAACGUUUGUAUUAUCACAGAAAUGAAAGCUAUAUGCCAAUUUCUAACUUGAUCAAAACUAACGCGUCAGGGAUACUUUAUUCUAAUUUGGAAUUCCAAGACGUCUUUGAUUUGAAAUCAACAUUGGAACCAACUAUUCAUCUUAUAAACAAUACGUUCAGUGGUAUUGCGAAUACGCAAUUAUUUCACCGUAAUACAAAUAAUUAUUAUCGCCGCAUUUCCAAAACUGGGUUCACGCCCAUGAUUUUUGAAAUUAAUCAAGACAAUAUUUUACAUUCAAUCAAAAGUGUCGGCUACGAAGCAGAUUUGCACAAUUGGAUGAAUUAUCGCAAUGAUAUAGUUAAAUUGCGCAAUUCAAAGCAAAAUGAACUUCCUCUAUCAAUCAUUGAAUCUCAUCCUAAUAGAUCAAGCUUAUUAUUACUCGAACCGUUGCUCUUAAUGCCGGAUCUUACUAGUUCUCCACAGGAACAUAUGAAAAGUCGCAUGUCGCAUGCAGAGCAUAAAAAAAUAGUUCGAAUGUUGAUUGCCUACACAUUGGCAUUUUUUCUCUUGGCGAUUAUUACAUUUUACAUAGUCUAUUUUACUUGAAGAUAUUUAUACGACUGGAUCAUUGUGGCAACGUUGUGACUCAAUUUAGAUAGAUCGCACAACAUUCUUGUUUUGUGCAUUAAAAUGCAAAUUGUAUGAACUCCACUUAUGUGGUAAUAAGUUUAUUAAUUUGCCCAUUGUUUUAAAAGCUUUUUUGCCAAAUAUAUAUUACUCAUUCAUAAAGUUUAAACUGCCAGCAAUAAUUGUCAAGACUGUGUUCUAUGUUAAUAAUGUUAUAUGGUUUUGGGUAUUCUAAUAUAGUCGACAGUUACGUUUCUAUAAUCUAUAAAUCGCAUGUUGUUUAGUGAUUCUUAUUUAGUGAAGCUUUUAAAGAUUAUGUGUAUAAUGAAUCACAUCCGUUUGUAAUUUGUAAUUGCGAUUAUUAUUUUUGAUUCCAUCGUAUACAUUAGUGAAAUUAUAUGUAGUUUGUUUAGCUUAUGUUACGAAUGAAGAGUCAAAUUCAAACAAUUUUGUCAACAGCGUGUAUAUCAGAUAGUAAUUCAAAUCGUAGUAGAAUCUUUAAUGAAUUGAUUGUAGUAUAAUUCGAUAUUUAUUACGUAUUGUUUUUUUUUAUAUUGUAUGAUAUAUCGCUUGAAUUUGGCUUUACAUAAGAAAGUUUUAUAAAUUACUUCGAUCAUAACUAAAUAAUAUAUAACUUAAAUACUUUACACAACACAACGUUACAAGACUCGUACGUAAAAUCGCACUACACUGAUUUCAAUUGUUUUUUCUCCCAUGGGUUAGUAGGACUAGAGCUAAAUGAUAACUAUUUUUCCAUAUUGUACAAUUUCGGACUACAUAAAUAUAAAAGAGAAAUGAAAUGAGUAUAAAUACAGUAAAUAAUGCAAUAAUAUAUUAAACAAUUUUUGAUAAAUUUAUUUGUAAUAACAAAUCAAUAAUAGCUUGCACAAAAGUAGCAGAGCUUCCAUGCUAUAUGAUAUAUUCUACUAAAUUGCUAUUGAUCAAUGGUUAGUUAUAUUUUUACUGUCAAACAGUGAUUUUGGAUUACUUUAAUUGUGCCACUUCAUAUGUUAACAAGAUGUUCAUUUCUUAGUAAACGUACAUUCGUUAAAAAUUUUUUACUAAUAUUUGUCAAGUUAUUCCUAAUCUAUAAUUUCGAACAUGUUUAUUUUGUAUGUGGUUUGUUAUUAUUUAUAAAUAUCAGAUAAUGAAUUUGGUAAUGAAAUUAUAGUACAUGAGAUACUUCAAUUAUAUGAAAACAUAUGCUCUACUUCGCAAUUAAAGUGUUUAGAAA